UAGUAUUGGCAUUAGACAGGCGUUAAUGAGCUUUACUAUGGGCAUUAGACAGGCGUUUAUGAGCUUUAGUAUGGGCAUUAGACAGGCGUUUAUGAGCUUUACUAUGGGCAUUAGACAGGCAUUAUUGAGCUUUAGUAUAGGCAUUAGACAGGCGUUUAUGAGCUUUACUAUGGGCAUUAGACAGGCGUUAAUGAGCGUUAGUAUAGGCAUUAGACAGGUGUUUAUGAGCUUUACUAUGGGCAUUAGACAGGCAUUAAUGAGCUUUACUAUGGGCAUUAGACAGGUGUUUAUGAGCUUUAGUAUGGGCAUUAGACAGGAGUUUAUGAGCUUUAGUAUGGGCAUUAGACAGGCAUUAAUGAGCUUUACUAUGGGUAUUAGACAGGCAUUAAUAAUCUUUACUAUGGGCAUUAGACAGGCGUUAAUGAGCUUUAGUAUAGGUAUUAGACAGGCAUUAAUGAGCUUUACUAUGGGCAUUAGACAGGCGUUAAUGAGCUUUAGUAUAGGUAUAGAUAGGCAUUAAUGAGCUUUAGUAUAGGUAUUAGACAGGCAUUAAUGAGCUUUAGUAUAGGUAUUAGACAGGCAUUAAUGAUCUUUACUAUGGGCAUUAGACAGGCGUUAAUGAGCUUUAGUAUAGG